AACAGAGAAAACUGGCUGCAGUUGUGAGGCCUCAUCAUCGUCUGUUUUGACGCAAAAUGGGGUGACAAGCAGAAAUGCGCGCGCAGCUGGUCGGCGGGAAUCUCAAUGAGUGACGGGUCAUGUGGACUUUGUUCGCCACACAACUAGUGUCUCUCUUUUUGAGUUCAGUCUGUUGACGGUACGUGUACGUGUAGGUAGCAUGGAGCGGACCUUCUUGGAAAAUGUGUUUCUUUUCAGCCUCAAUAUGGCCGGCUGGUUAUGGGGAGUAGUUAGUUUUUUGCCGUGGUACUACCUAGUGGGAAGGAAGCAGUAUCGACCUCGCAAUAAAGUUCAAGCGAGGCCUGUGAGUCAACUUCCAGGAGCCCCUUAUCGCUGUGUGGAACAUUUCGAUUCAUUAGUGACAACGCUGUACGAUGGUGUCACAACGUUGGAUCAACUAUUUAAGCGAGCUGUGAACUUGUACCCAUAUAGAAAAUGUCUAGGGACGCGCGAAGUUCUCAGGGAGGAAGAUGAAAUGCAACCCAAUGGCAGAGUGUUUAAGAAACUUAUUUGUGGGGAGUACAACUGGUUGACAUAUGCCGAGGUAGAUGCCAGAGCAAGAGCCUUUGGAAGAGGAUUGGCUGCUCUAGGACAGCAGCUCAAAGAGAACAUUGCAAUAAUCUCUGAAACAAAAGCUGAGUGGAUAAUAGCAGCACAGGGAUGUUUUGCUCAAAAUUUUCCAAUUGUUACAGUUUACACCACUCUGGGAGAUGAAGCCCUUGUUCAUGCCAUCAACGAAUCAGAAGUCCGAUUUAUUAUCACCGAUAGCUCUUUGCUCAGCAAGCUUUCUGCUCUGAUUGACAGACUACCGAAAGUUGAACACAUUGUGUACUUAGGAAAUGUUGCAAAGAAAUCAGCAUUGCUAGGCUUUUCAAGGAGAAUAAAAGUCCAUUCCAUGAGUGAAAUUGAAGAGAUCGGUGAAUCACAAAUUAACCCAUCUUUAGUCCAGAGGGGUCCUAGCCCAGAUGAUGUUGCUGUCAUCAUGUACACAAGUGGUUCAACAGGUCUUGCUAAAGGUGUUCUCAUUCCUCACAGUGCAUUAAUGGCUGGUAUCGCUGGAAUUAUUGCAAGAGUACAUCCUGCUCUUAGUGAAAAAGAUGUUUAUGUUGGUUAUCUUCCACUGGCACAUGUACUUGAGCUAAUAGCAGAAAAUGCAGUGCUUGCUCAUGGGGCAGCCAUAGGAUAUUCCCACGCUCUCACUCUAUCUGAUCAGUCAUCUAAAAUCAAGAAAGGAACUAAAGGAGACGUAUCAGUGCUCAGACCAACUGUAAUGGCCGCAGUUCCUGUCAUCAUGGACAGAAUCAGACAGGGCGUCAUGGAAAAAGUCAAGGAGGGUCCUCGUCUUCUGCAGCUUUUCUUUGCAUUUGCUUACAGUUACAAACUGAAGCAACUUAAGCUUGGCUUUGAUACUCCACUUCUUAACAAAUUCAUCUUCUCAAAGAUGCGCAAUCUUCUGGGGGGUCGCGUAAGGCAGAUAUUGAGUGGUGGUGCACCAUUAUCUGAAGACACUCAGCUCUUUAUGAACGUGUGCUUCUGUUGUCCUGUGGGGCAAGGCUAUGGUCUCACUGAAACCUGUGGAGCAGGAACUGUCUGCAAUGCCUGGGACAGGACAACUGGGCGUGUAGGACCUCCAGUCUCCUCAACUGAGAUCAAGCUGGUCAGCUGGGAGGAAGGAAACUACACAGUCAGAGAUAAGCCCUACCCCAGAGGAGAAGUUGUCAUUGGAGGUCCAAAUGUGACCAAGGGCUAUUUUAAAAACCCUGCAAAGACAGCAGAGGACUUUGAAGUCGACAGAAAUGGCCAGCGUUGGUUCCAUACCGGCGACAUUGGAGAGUUCCACCCUGAUGGCUGCCUUAAAAUCAUUGACCGCAAGAAAGACCUUGUGAAGCUUCAGGCAGGAGAGUAUGUGUCACUUGGAAAAGUUGAGGCAGCUCUUGCACAGAGCCAGUAUGUAGAGACCAUCUGUGUAUAUGCGGAGAGUUUGUACAACUAUGUGGUGUGUCUUGCUGUAGCUCGCCCCAAGCAGCUCAAGGCAUUAGCUGUUUCACUGGGUGUCUUGACUGACGACUGGGCAAAACAGUGUAGGAACAAGGCUGUCACAGAUGCUGUUCUGAAGGAUCUGCAGGCCCUUGGCAAAGCUAUGAAACUCGAGAGGUUUGAGAUUCCACAGCGUUUGACCCUGGUCACCGAACAGUGGACACCAGAAACAGAGCUUGUCACAGCUUCUCUGAAGCUCAAGCGUAAGAACAUCUCAGCUCACUACAGGCAGGAACUUGAUGCCAUGUACAACAAGUGAUCUUCAAACUACUUGGAAAAUCUCCUAGCACUAGGCUAUAAGAGUAAUCUACAAUACUUCAUUAGUUACAAUAAAAAAAAAACACUCGCUGAUGACAAUACUUUCAUUGCUUUAUUCAUGUCACAAGAUCACUAGUGCAGAUAAUCUAAUGGAUGACGAUGUCUUUCAACAGAAUGCAAAAUUGCUAAAUUAAGACCAAUAUGUUAAAUGAUUCCAUGCCCUGAAGUCAUCUUCUGAGAAAACAUCUCGCAACAUUGUGAAAUGUGGUCAGAAUUGUCCAAAGGAAAUUAAGAUAAUUAUUUUAUUGUGGGGCCUUAUUAACUCAAAAUAUCACUUCCAUUAAUAUAUCAGCUUUUAUUUGGAAAGGGUAUUCCAUCUAAAUGUUUACAGCUUGUAAUGCCUCGUCUGGUACAAACUAAGUUUGUGGUACAACAUGUGUGGGUCAGAGCCUCAGAGUGUUUACAAAUACAGGCCUUGUUAUUGGACAUAUAGCUGGCAUACUUGCGAAAACAUUCUAAGAAAUAAAAGCAUGUUUUAUGACU